AUGUACUACAAGAGAAGAGAUGCGUUGAAAUUGGGCACUUCUUACUCUAUUCUGGCACAUCCGAUAAAGUUGCCAAGUUGGGGGGGAGGGUGCAUUCAGGCUGAGGCUCGCAAGGAAGACAGACACCCAGAACACCUCGAAGCUUUAGCACAACCUUAUCCAAGAAGUACUACUACAUUUCAUAAUACGUCACCAGCUCCUAACUGUCAUUUGAAGUUGAGGAUGAUGGUUAAUACCCCUGAACGAUGCCGAAGUUGUUGUGUUUCGGAGGAUUAUAUACGCAGGGCAAACUAUAGUACUGCACAGAAAAGUGUAUGUAUAGAGUAUAUCUUUGCCAAGAAAUUUUGGUUAAUGUCAUGA